CAAGAAUAUCACCGAUUGCUCGUGCCUCACCUCUAGGCAAUCCACAGUAGAACCCGGGCUGGCGACCGAUGAUUCCGAUUAUCUACCUUCUUAGACCAGCGAUCAGUCCUCCGCCUUGUGCCAUCAAAUUGCAAUCGCACUGUCAUUGAAUGAAAGCGCAUAAUCUCAUUUGCAGAAUUGACCGUCUGUAUUGAGCGGUGUUACUUCAAAGGCGCGACUACACAACCCAAAAAUCCUACCUACAUCCAGCGUCCCUGCUCCGCCGAAUCAACACUCAACUCACUCCCUCUUCCCACACCCCCCCAAACCCCCGAUAGCUACUAGCAUGGAGCGACCUACCAAGCGCGCCCGGUUCGCAUCCCCAGUCGAACCCGAGGGAGACGGCGGGGACGAUAUCGACCUCCACGAGGCACGGGCGCAGAACGACCAACGCCUGAAGUCCAUCUUCGAGGGCAUCUUCGAGAAAUACGGUCGGGACUUUACAGACGUGGGCGAUGAGAUUGAUCUACAGACGGGCAAGAUCAUUGUGAAUAAUGGGCAUAUCCAAGAACUAGAGGGAGAAGAGGAGGAAGCCGAAAACGAUGAUCACCGUUCCGCAACGACGAACCGGGAUUGGCGACGGCUCGAGCAGGAGCGGUCUGUUGCGGAGGAGGAGGGAAGUCUGCCUGAAAAUCCCGGUCAUUUGGCCGCAGGCAUGGAUGGGGAUGAUGAUGAUGAUGGUGAGGCUCCGGAUGAUGAUCGCUCACGGCCUCUCUCUCCCGUGCUGCCGUCGAUCCAGGAACUGCAGGCUGGGUUGGGGAUACAGCACCACCUGGCGGCUGGGGAAGAGGACACCGGCAAGCGUGACUCGAAUUUACAUGGUCAAGCGGAUGACGACGACGAUGCGGCUAGUGUGGACUCCUUGCUGGAUAAUACGCUACGCAUCGAGAGCAUCCUGGAUCAAUCCACCAGCGACAAACUCGUGAGCGAAAAAGCAAAACCUGCGGCUGAAGUAACCGCCCAAUCACACAGCAACCGGCGUAGUGAGGCGGUGGAGGAGCUAUGGCGGGUGCCUGAAAUCGACGCGAGCUUCUCCACGCCGACAUGGAACAGGUCACGUCCGGCGGCGUCCACCGUGAAUCGCGUUCGCUCGCAGUCUCCACCGGGAGCUGGCUCCCUAUGGUCAUUGCCUAGGAAGUCGCGACGGGCUCCGCAGAAGAGCCACGCAGGGGCAGCGAUGAAAAGCAAACCGCAGCGGAAAGUCACCCAGUCGAGCCCCGUGGUUUGCGACUGGUCCUUUGCAGAGACCCCCGAUGGAGAUGAGUCCGACGACCCGUUGCAGGAAGACUACGAACCAUCGCCCACCCCCAAGCGGAGCAUACAUGUCCGCAAGACACCCGUGAAAGAACAGACACCGCGUCAAUUGAACUAUCAAUGCUCGGAUUGCAAGCAGGUCUUCGUACGUCACGGCUACAUUACCCAUCUCAGGGAAAUUGCCUCCAGACCCUUCGACGGCCAACACGAUCGAGCUGAGGUGACCCGCCGACUCGAUGCCCUGGCUAAAGAGCCUACUCCGAAGUCGAAGUCCAAGACUACCACAUCUAUCACGCCAAAUAUUCUUACAAGUUCGCGCGCAAACGAACUUGUGGAUAAUAACUCUACUCCUACCAAGAAACGUGCUCGAAAUGUCAUCCAGCCCGAUGAAGCGAGGCUGAUCAUCACAAUGAGACAGGUACAGGGGAAGAAAUGGAACGAGAUCCUUGACUGCCUUCCGCACACGAAGCUGACCUCGCUUACCCAAUGGAAUCGCAAUCACUGGAGUGAUCGCCGGGCUAAUCCACCGCCAUUGUCCAAGCCUUGGUCUGAAGCCGAGCGGGCCGUUCUAGACAAAUUCAAAGAGCAGCAGGGCCUUAGCUGGACCACGAUCCGCCAAGGGCUACCUGGCCGACCACAUGCCGAGAUUGAAUUCGAGUUGUUGCAGCUCUGGGCUGGCACUGAUACGCAGUGA